ACAAUAAAAGAAGAAGAAGAAGCAGCGGAAGAAGCGUGUUGUUGGUUAUGAAAAGUCCAGAGUUAUGAAGGUUAAGGAAACCUAACUUCGGUUCCUCGACAGACAUAAUCACCCUGAGAGAAAAACAGCAGACUUCCUGAAUCAACACCGUACAUUCAUACAGGAUGGCAUCCCCUUCACCUCAUGACCGCAGCCGUAAAGACGACGAGGAUGACCCUGUUGAUCAGAUGAUAUCUCGCACAGGCUGUGCUGAACUACACUAUGCCGUGCAGGAGUGCAUGGCUGAACACCAGGACUGGAGAGUAUGCCAGAGUCAGGUCCAGACUUUCAAAGACUGUAUGAUGAAUUUCCAGAAUAUGCGGAAAAAACAGCUGAUGAAACAGCUGCCCACCUCCACUGAGUCUGCACCCAGCUGAACUCAGAAAACUGCACACAAACUGUGGAUGGGGGGUGUUGAGGACCUGCUUGAUAUGUUUGAUGUGGAAAGACUGAUUUAUUUAUAAUGAAAAUCAAAAUGUAUUAGCAGCUACCGAUAAGCCUGACUGGACUUUCUAGUGUGUGGUGUAGAGUCUGAACCAUAAUCACCUGAUCAUCACAGUGGUAUCUGUUUAUAUGUUGACUGAUAAAUAAAAAUAGUUUUGAGUACAGAAACUCCAAAGACAUGUUUACGGUCAUAUGGAAGCAAUCUCUUUAUUUCAUGGUUCAUCCAAUGGGGAACACCAGGUAGUUAAAGGAUGGCUUCACAAUUUGUCAUGCCUGUCCUAAAAGAAUAGUCAGUUAACCAGGUGAACAUUGAAAUAGGUUUUUGUUGCUUUAAUAAUUCCCUCUGUUCACACUGGCUAUUAAAAGAUCCUUUUAAUAUAAGUGAUG